AUGACGGGGAAAUCGGCCCCUCCAGCCAAAAAACCCGCCCCGGUGGCUGCCAAGAAAAAGGCAGCGCCGGCCCCCAAGGAAAAGGCAGCUCCGGCCCCCAAGGAAGAACCGGCCCCAAAGGAAGAACCAGCCCCAAAGGAAGAACCGACCCCAAAGGAAGAGCCGACCCCAAAGGAAGAAGCGGCCCCUAAGGAAGAAGUGGCCCCGGCCCCAGCUGCUGAAGAGCCCCCGGCCCCCACAGAAGCCGCUCCCACCCCCCCAGAAGCCGGAGCAGAAGCCACUCCAGCCCCCGAGGAAGGUUCCCCAGCACCCCCCGCCGAACCCCCGGCCCUCGAACCUGAACCCCAGCCAGAGAAGCCCAAGGAAGAGCCACCCAGCUCCCCCCUGUCCUUGGCCGUGGAGGAGGUGAGCGAGAAUUCCUUCACGCUGACCUGGAAAGCUCCGGAGCACACGGGCAAGGCGGGCCUGGAUGGAUACCUGGUGGAGAUCUGCAAGGAUGGAAGUUCUGAGUGGAAAGCUGUGAACCAGGAGCCUUUUCUUUCCACGCGCUACACGGUCCCAAACCUCAGCUCCGGGGACAAGAUCCACGUGCGGGUGACGGCCGUCGGUGCCAGCGGCUCCAGCGCCCCGGCCACACUGGAGCAGCCAGUGCUCAUCAGGGAGAUCCUCCAGCUCCCAAAGAUCCGGAUGCCUCGUCACCUGCGGGAGACUUACGUCAGGCAUGUCGGGGAUGCCGUGAACAUCAUGAUCCCUUUCCAGGGAAAGCCCCAGCCCGAGGUGACGUGGACCAAGGGGGACCAGCCCCUGGACAGCUCCCGCGUCAACAUCCGCACCACGGCGCGGGACACCAUCUUCUACAUCCGGCAGGCCCAGCGCGCAGACUCGGGGCAGUACCAGCUGUGCGUGAGGAUCAACGGUGCCGAGGACAGGGCCGUCCUGGACAUCCAGGUGGUUGAGCCACCUGGGCCCCCCCAGAACCUGAAGCUGGUGGAUGUGUGGGGCUUCAACGUGGCCCUGGAGUGGACCCCCCCUGUGGACAACGGGAACGCCGAGAUCAAGGGCUACAGGGUGCAGAAGUCAGACAAGAGGAGCGGGAAGUGGUUCACGGUUCUGGAGCGCUGCACCCGCACCAGCUGCACCAUCUCCGACCUCAUCAUCGGCAACACCUACUCCUUCCGCGUCUUCUCCGAGAACUGCUGCGGGCUCAGCGACAGCGCCGCCGUGGCCGCCGGGGUGGCCCACAUCGAGAAGACAAAAACCACUUACCAGCCAGAGAAGAUCCCCCAGAGGGACAUGAUGGAGCCUCCAAAGUUCACCCAGCCCCUGACAGACCGAACCACCACCCGGGGCUACAGCACUCACCUCUUCUGCUCCGUCAGGGGCUUCCCCCAGCCCAAAAUCAUCUGGUUGAAAAACCAGAUGGAGAUCCGGGAAGACCCCAAGUACAUCGCGAUGAUCGAGCAGGGCGUGUGCUCCCUGGAGAUCCGCAAGCCCAGCCCUUUCGACGGCGGCGUUUACACCUGCAAGGCCGUGAACGCCCUCGGGGAGGCCUCGGUGGACUGCAGGCUGGAUGUGAAAGUGCCCAAGUGAGGACGGAUCGAAGAGCAAGACAAAGAGCAAGGUGGAUGCUGCAGCUGCUGGGUGGGAUCAGGGCCGGUGGUGAUGCCCUGGUCUCUGCUGCUGGGGGGCUGCCCCUGC